CGGCAACACGUUGCGUGAGUGGACGGUGCGGGAGGGGACCGGAGGACAGCUCUCACCUGCCGCACGCAACUUUUAUCGUGUGCGUCUCAAGGACAGUUACGGUCCACGCCGGGUUAGUGUGUCACGCAGCGUGGAGGAUGGGACUGUAGUUUCGUGUAAACGCACCAAAACAAACACAGCAGCAGCGCCGGGAUCGGCGACACCGAGGACAGGAGCAUUAAUCCGGGUAAAAACACGCAGGCCGCGCUGAUCGCAGCGAUGAUGAGAGACUCGGAGCGGCCCGAGCUGGAGGACGUGGCCGAGGAGGAGGACGUGCUCGCUGGGCUGGAGCACUCCAGGAGCGCGCAGGAGUGCGGUGUCUCUCAGGUACCCAAACAGAGAGAGCUGAAGGGAGCUGAGCAGCUGGCGGUGUCCCGGAUGGAGGCAGAGUUUGUGCAGCUGACCUUCAGGAAGCAGGUGUCUUACAGAAAAGCCAUAGCCAAGUCCGGUCUGCACCAUCUUCCCUGUCAGCCCAGCACAUCCUCUCUGACCAGGACCGACCCAGAAGCAAACAUCUCCAGCACCGUGGACUGGACUGAGGUAGCUGUGUAUGGAGAUCAUAUCUGGUUUGAAACAAACGUGUCUGGAGACUACUGCUAUGUGGGAGAACAGCACUGCAUUGCCAGAUUACUGCAAAAGUCUGUCAGUCGAAGGAAGUGUGCUGCCUGUAAGAUCGUUGUUCACACCGUCUGCAUAGAACAACUGGAGAAGUUUCCCGGCUCUAAAGCUCUUCUUAUGGAUGCCACGCUGCCCGUCAGUGACCCCAGCUUUAGAAUUAAUUUCAGGUGUAAACCAUCAUUCAGAGAAUCAGGAUCCAGAAAUAUUCGAGAGCCCAUUGUGGUUCGCCAUCACUGGGUGCAUCGGAGACGACAAGAAGGCAAAUGCAGACAGUGUGGGAAGGGCUUCCAGCAGAAGUUUGCGUUCCACAGUAAAGAGAUUGUUGCCAUCAGCUGCUCGUGGUGCAAACAGGCUUACCACAACAAGGUUUCUUGCUUCAUGCUGCAGCAAAUUGAGGAAGCUUGUCCAAUGGGUGCUCACGCUGCCCUCAUAGUUCCACCCACAUGGAUAAUUCGGGUCAAACGCCAUCAGUCAUCGAUGAAGUCCAGCAAAAAGAAAAAAAGAACAUCGUUCAAGAGGAAAAGCAGCAAAAAAGAGGACGGGCGGCAGUGGAAGCCAUUCAUAAUCCGACCCAUCCCAUCACCGCUUAUGAAACCCCUGCUUGUGUUUGUCAAUCCCAAGAGUGGAGGAAACCAGGGCACGAAGAUUUUGCAGUCCUUCAUGUGGUAUCUGAACCCCAGACAGGUGUUUGACCUGAGCCAAGGAGGACCAAAGGAGGGUUUGGAGCUGUAUCGUAAAGUCCAUAACCUGAGGAUACUGGCCUGUGGAGGAGACGGCACUGUGGGUUGGAUCCUAUCGUGUCUUGAUGAACUGGCAUUAACCCCCCAGCCUCCGGUUGCUGUGUUACCACUUGGGACAGGAAAUGACCUUGCUAGGACCCUUAACUGGGGAGGGGGCUACACGGAUGAACCUCUGUCUAAGAUCCUGUCUCAUGUGGAGGAGGGAACAGCUGUCCAGCUAGACAGGUGGAACCUCCUGGUUGAACCAAACCACAGUGCAGGGGCUGAGCCAGAUGAACAGCAAACUGAUAAGCUUCCUCUGGAUGUUUUCAACAAUUACUUCAGCCUUGGAUUUGAUGCCCACGUGACUCUUGAAUUUCACGAGUCGAGAGAGGCCAACCCAGAGAAGUUUAACAGUCGUUUCAGGAAUAAGAUGUUCUACGCUGGGACGGCAUUCUCAGAUUUCCUGAUGGGAAGCUCCAAAGACCUGUCAAAGCACAUCAAAGUGGUGGCUACUCUUCAGGUUGGAGGUCAUGGUGAGAGGUUGAACCAGUGCAGAGAAGUGAUCCUCACCACUACUAAACCUCUCCCAGUGCAGGUGGACGGUGAACCUUGCAGACUUGCUCCAUCAGUCAUCCAUAUCAGCCUCAGAAACCAGGCCAAUAUGGUUCAGAAAACCAAACGACGAACCUCUAUACCACACCUCAACGAUCAGCAGCCGGUCCCGGAGAGGCUGAGGAUCAGAGUCAGCCGGAUCAGCAUGAGUGACUACGAGGCUCUGCACUACGACAAGGACAAACUACGGCAAGCAUCCAUUCCUCUGGGACUGAUCGUGGUUCCUGGUGACAGUGACUUGGAGACCUGCAGAGAACACAUCCAGCGAUUACAAGAGGACUUCUGCUCUCUUCAUCCUAUACCUGUGGGACUGCAGGUUGGUAGUGAAAUGUCGGGCUUUAUGUUCUACACUUGUUUGGCUCAGAGACACAUGGGAAAUAAAAGCUUGCUCAACACUUUUGUAUUCUAG